AUGUAUUACGGUAAUAUAUCGUCGUUGGACAGCGUGACAGUCAUAGACGGUAUUUGCGGCUACACAGAACGUGUCACCGUUACUCGAUUCGUCUACAUUUCGGUGGCUGGAGUAAUAGCUGUUUUCGGAUUUUUCUCGAAUCUGCUACUGAUUCUACUGUUUCGAAUGUCGCCCACACGUCCCCCAUCGCUAUUCCCAGGAUUUCUGGCCUUGCUCGACGCUCUGAUCUGCUUCUGUUUUGUGUUGAUUUUCGUCGUAGACGUCAACAUGAUAUACCUCGAGCUACCAGGUCUAUUCGCUUUCUACCACGAAUACAUUGUUUUUGCGUUUUCGACAGCUAAAAUCGUCCAAUUUCUUAUCCCUUACAUGCUUAUAAUGGGCACCUUCGAACGCUACAGAUGGAUUGUCACCAAAGAACGAUCUGGCGCCAGCUCAAGCGCUCGCCCUCUCUCAGUUGUAGUGCUGGUACUAGCAGCAGUUCUAAUCCGAGCACCUGCCGCUGCUGUCCUUACCGUCUCGAGAUUCCCUUUAUGCACAGAUUAUUUUCGCACCCUGGCCGUUGACAUUCUUCCAUGGGCAAAGAAUAGUAAGAUGUACGUUGCUUUUGACCUCUACGGAAUCGCCUUUCUGCAAACAUUUCUGCCAUUUGUCACGCUCAUUACAUUGAACGUAGUUAUCAUUCGAAAACUUUACAAAAUGAAUAGCCGAACACGGAAGGCCGAUUUUGCACAGUUGCCUGGUCUUCGGUCAUCGAUACUUUCGUCAUUACGGCGCUAUAAAAUGACACCUCAAAUUCGAAACGCUGUGCACUCGAUGGUAGCAAUUGUUUCGACCUAUCUUGUAUCAAAUUCACUGCACCUUAUGCUCACCCUAUUAGAAUUCGGAAAAGCGUCUAUACUUUUCGAGGAAAACGACUCAUUCCAAGCUUCAACUCUCUACACAACUCUCGGGGAUCUUGUCAGUGUUCUGUACAUGACAUCAUCGGCUAUUCGAAUUCUGAUCUACGCGAAAUGUAAUCCAACUCUCUGGAAACAAUUGUCCAGUACUGCUUUGAUCGAGAGAUUCAGCGGAAGUUAUUCAAAGGAAGUCAUGUUGUAA